AUGGCGUCUUCACGUACUACCCUCUCUCUUCUUCUCCUCUUCUUUCUCUUCACCGCUACAAUCAUCACCACCCAGCAGAACGAAGACGACGACGACAGCUCUUCGCCUCAACUCGCUCUAGACCCGUCGGAGCAAGAAGCGGUCUACCGAGUUCUUGACUCAGUCAACUCAGCCAUCUCGUGGCGUACCAUCUUCUCCGACGACCUCUGCGCUUCACCACCUGAAGGCGUCGUUUGCGAUUACCUCUUCGCUUCUCAGAACGGCGUCGCGACGUCCGUCCACGUCACCGAGUUCCACUUGGGUUACGUCUCUGACUACACGCAAAACCCUCCUUGCUCUUCCAACUCCACACUCGAUCCUCUCCUCUUCACUUCUUUCAAACACCUUCGGAAGCUCUUUUUCUACAAAUGCUUCACCGGAGCUCGUGUCUCGUUACCGGAAACGAUCCCAGAGGAUUUCGGCUCUGUUCUCGAGGAGCUAGUGUUCAUCGAUAACCCAUCUCUUGUCGGCGAGAUUAGUGUCAUGAUCGGUAAUUUCACCAAGUUGAGAAGAUUGGUUCUCACCGGAAACGGGUUUCACGGGUCAAUUCCGGGUCGGAUCGGCGAUUUAGUCAGUCUAGAGGAGGUUACACUCUCCAGAAACAGCUUGAGCGGUGGUAUCCCGCCGAACGCAACGUCACGUCUGAAGAACCUUAAAGUUCUAGACUUUAGCCAUAACUUUCUCAACGGAAAAGCCCCUGAUUCUAUUGGUGAUUUGACAGAGCUUCUCAAGCUAGAUCUCAGCUUCAACGAGUUCACCGGAGAGAUCCCUUCCGACGUCGGGAAACUAAAAAAGCUCGUCUUUUUGGACUUCAGUUAUAACCGUUUUGGGAACUUUGGCGUUCCUCUGUUUCUAGCGGAGAUGCCCAGACUGAGAGAGGUUCAUCUGAGUGGGAACAAGCUCGGUGGGCGUAUACCGGAGAUUUGGAAGAAUCUCAAGGAUAUAUCUGGAAUCGGGUUCUCCAGGAUGGGUCUUCAAGGCAACAUCCCAGCUUCAAUGGCGUCGAGUCUUAAAAAUCUGUGCUUUCUGGCGCUCGACAACAACAAUCUCGACGGACAAAUCCCUGAGGAGUUCGGACGUUUGGAUUUUGCCCGAGAAAUCAACCUUGAGAACAACAAUCUCAUCGGAUAUGUUCCAUUCUCCGAUAGUUUCAGAGAUAGAAUCGGGAGAAAACUCAAAUUGAGCGGGAAUCCAAGUCUCCACUACAGCAAAAGGUCCGAUCCUCCUCUCGCCGGACCAGCUCUCUCUUCAUCGGCGACAAGGGUUUUCACGUUCGUUUGCUUCCCGGCGGCUUUAUUGGCUCUUUACAUCUCAAUGAAACAGUAAAGAAAAAUACAGCGAAGAAAGAACAUAUUAUUAGAGGAAAAGUUUUAACAUUUCUUAUGCUUUUGACCUUUUUGAUUAGCGGGGAAAAGUUUUAAUUUUUGGUUGUAAGUACAUAUUAGUUUUCUGGUAAUGAAUUUACUUUGGAUUAUCUUCAACAGUUUUUAUAA